UUCCGUUCACGAUCAAGGCUUUGUUUACAUAAUUUUCAGUUUUUGUGAAUUUCCGGUAGCACGUGCGGGUAUUGUGAGAGGACAAUUUGACAGGAUUUACCUGAUUUACGCACUGGUUAAAAUGGCGGCUGUAACAGCUCUUUCAAGGUUUUCUCAGUUGUUUGGAAGGCGUUCUUCUAUUGUUAUUGGAAUGAUCCAUGUGGACGCAUUACCAGGAACACCAAAGCAUUGCAAAUCAAUAUCUGAGAUUAUUCAGAAGGCAUGUUCCGAAGCAUUAAUUUACAAAGAAGCUUCAUUGGAUGGUGUUAUCAUUGAAAACAUGCAUGAUAAUCCAUACAUUAAUGAAAAUGUUGGACCUGAGGUCACUGCUACGAUGACCGCUGUAUGCAUGGAGGUGAAGCGAACUCUUCCUGCAAUGCCAUGUGGGGUUCAAGUCUUAACUGUUGCUAAUAAGCAAGCACUUGCCAUUGCAAAAGCUUGCAACUUUGAUUUCAUUCGUGUGGAGGGUUUCAUAUUUUCACAUGUGGCCGAUGAAGGUCUUGUGAACUCAUGUGCUGGGGAGUUGCUGCGCUACAGAAAACAGAUUUCCGCUGAUAAUGUAUUGGUGUUUACUGACAUCAAGAAAAAGCAUAGCUCCCACAUGAUUACAUCAGAUGUAAAUUUGAUCGAAACAGCAAAAGCAGCCGAGUUUUUCUUAUCUGACGGUGUCAUACUUACUGGAACAACCACUGGUUCCCCAGCAAACCAUCAUGACUUAGUAGAUAUUAGAAAGUCUGUGAAACUUCCUGUUCUUGUUGGAUCAGGUGUUACUAUAGAAAACAUACAGAAUUACAUUCAAGCAUCAGCUUUGAUUGUUGGCUCACAUUUCAAGGAGGAUGGACACUGGGAAUCUGCUGUGGAUCAAUCUAGGGUAAAAUCAUUCAUGACUAAAGUAGAACACUUGAGAUCAUUGAAGGAUUUAUGACAAAUGAUUUUUGGCUCACAUUUCAAGAAGGAUGGACACUGGGAAUCUGCUGUGGAUCGAUCUAGGGUAAAAUCAUUCAUGACUAAAGUAGAACACUUGAGAUCAUUGAAGGAUUUAUGACAAAAAAUAUUGGUGUGCUAAGAAAUUAUGUCAGUGUUUAGAUUUUCUAGUAUAUAACUUUGAUAGUUGACAAAUUAACAUUACGUUCAUUCCAUAAAUGCUUGCAUUAAUGAAUACUUCUGAACGCAAAUUAAACCGUUUUUUAUUGACCGCAAA